AUGUCUAAGAUAAUAAGGGAUGAUACAAGUUCCAAAAGGAUAGAGAUUGCCACUCCUGUUGCAGAUAAGUAUGAAGAUGAAAUCUUGGCAGAGGAAUAUGAUUUGGAGACAUUCGAUUUGGGUCCACUCACUUCUGAGCAAUCCAUGGAGGAAGCCAAUAAAUUUGUAAAAGCAGUAAAUGAGAAGUUAAAAGCCAAAAUUGAAAAGAACAAAAAAUUGGAGAAAGCGGGUAUUUGGAACUUUGUUGAAAAUGGGUUCCUUGAACCAGCAAAUCAACAAGCAUAUCAAGCACUUUCACAAGCUGAGAAAGAUUUGCUAGAGGAAAACAAGAAGAAAGAUGCAAAGGCACUAUUUUUCAUUCAACAAGCAAUGGAUGAAUCAAUCUUUCCAAAGGUUGCAACUACGACGAGAUCAAAGCAAGCAUGGGACAUUUGCAAACAACAUACCAAGGCACAGACAAGAAAAAAACAAUAUGAUAUGAACAAGCAAAAGACACAUUUUACGAAUGAAAACCAGCCAAACACUAGUGAACAAGAGACCAUAUUAAUAGCAUGCAAUGUAGCACAAGAGAUUUCCAAAGAAGUACGGUUCCUAGAUAGCAGUUGCAGUAAUCACAUGAGUUGUAAGAAGGAGAUGUUUGCAACAAUGGAUGAUUUAGUAAAAUCAAAAUUAAAAUUGGGAAAUGAUCAACGAGUUUCAGUCAUGGGCAAAGGGUCAAUUAACAUAAGAACUAAGCAAGGUGAAGAGAAGCAUAUUUCUGAUGUAUACUAUGUUCCUAGAUUGCAACACAGUCUCAUAAGCAUUGGACAACUAGCACAAAAAGGAUAUAGAAUAUACUUUAAAAAUGACAAAUGUGUGAUUCUAGACAAGAAACUAAGCAAUAGGCUGAUUGCAAAAGUUGAAAUGACAAAAAAUAGAAUGUUUCCUUUAAGAGUUCAAAGUGAACUAUUUGUAGAGCCACAAGGAUUGCAAAAGGUUGUUGAAUUAGCUUUCAAAGCCUCAUAUAAAAAUUAA